AUACAAAGUUUUAUCUUCAUUCUACUUCUAAUAAAAAAUGAGGAUUUCCUUUACCUCAAACCGAUUUCGCAUCUUCAUCAUAUUCAUCAUAUUCACUGUAUGCAUAUGUUUAUUCUUUGGCAUUCAGAAAAAGAAACCACCACUUUUAAAUAAAUUCUCAAAUUUUGAGAUCCCAAUUAAUAACUAUUCCUCUCUAUCAGGUCUUAAACUUGAUAAACUUCCUAAUGAUGAUGAUGUUUUAAAACUAUUCCAACAAUGGAAGAAAGAACACGGACGAGUAUACAACGAUCUAGAUGAGAUGACAAAGAAAUUUGAAACUUUUGUUUCAAAUUUGAAGUAUAUCGUAGAAACUAAUGCAAAGAGAGACUCACCUCAAAGUGCUCUUCUUGGUCUGACCAACUUUGCAGAUUGGAGCUUCAAGGAGUUCAAUGAAACAUACAUGACCAUGAAGAGUGAUAACUUGACUAUUGUGAAUGAUGAUGUUCUUGAAUUAGCUUGUAAUCCACCUUCAUCCUUGGAUUGGAGGUUAAAAAGAGCUGUUACUUCUGUUAAGGAUCAAAGGACUUGUGGCAGUUGUUGGGCACACACAGCGGUAGGCGCCAUAGAAGGAAUAGUUGCAAUUGUCACCGGGAAGCUCAUCAGCCUUUCAGCGCAGGAGCUUGUGGAUUGUGACCCUGUAAGUUUAGGUUGUGGUGGCGGAUAUUUGUAUGACGCAUUCAAUUGGGUUUUAAGAAACGGAGGGAUUGCAAGGGAUAGUAAGUAUCCUUAUACAGCCGUGAAGGGUGCCUGCAGAUCCACACAGAUUCCAAACAGUCCAACCAGUGCCAUUUAUACAUAUAAUCAUGUGAAGGUGUCAGAUAAUGCAUUAUUGUGUGCAGUUGCUAAGCAGCCAAUUGGUAUCUGUAUUUAUGCAUCCGUGCCAGAAUUUCAACAUUACACAAAUAAAAUAUUUCAAGGUCGUGAUUGCCCUGUGGAUUCUACAUAUGUUACUCACUGCAUGUUAAUAGUGGGUUAUGAUUCUUAUAAAGGUUAUGAUUAUUGGAUAGUAAAGAAUUCAUAUGGUUCGGGUUGGGGAGUGCAAGGUUAUAUGUAUAUCCAAAGGAACACUGGCAAAAAGUAUGGAGUGUGUGCAAUCAAUGCAUGGGCAAUAAAGCUAGUCAAAUAAAUGAGCAUAUGAGAAUGAAGAAUAAGUGAAAUAAAAAAUUAUGGUUUUGUGAUUCUAGAGUAUGUUGUGUGGCUAUACUUCAUGUUGUUUGGAACAUCUCAAAUCUAUUGUUCAAGGUUGUUAAACAUCUUAGUCAUCUGAUUGUCUAAAGCAUCGAUGUACUUUGUUUUGUAUUCUUGUUGUACACUAUGUCUGGUUUGUUUUUAUUGAUGGCAAGGUAUCUCUUGUGUUUGUUUCCAUUUUCUCACUAGUUCUAGUAAAAAGGUGUGUUCUUAAUUUUUAAUUUUA